CUCACCCUGUCAGUGAUGUGCCCAGUACUGUGCUCUGGGAACGGUGAGUACCGUGAUGGGGAGUGCAUCUGUCGGCCGGGGUGGAAGGGACGGGAGUGCAGCAUCCGUCAUGAUGAAUGUGAGGUUCCUGAUUGCAACGGUCACGGACAUUGUGUGGACGGGCGCUGCCGCUGCGCCAAGGGCUACAAGGGCGAGUUCUGCGAGGAAGACGACUGUCCGAACCCUACGUGCUCGGGGCACGGCUGGUGCGUGUCCGGCACGUGUGUGUGUCAGCGAGGGUGGCGGGGCCCUGACUGUGCCAGCAAGGACGACGCCGCCCUCCAGUGCCUCCCAGACUGCAACGGACACGGACACUUCGACCUGGAGAGUAACCAGUGCAUCUGUGAGCCGGAGUGGACGGGUUCAGAGUGCAGCAAGCGUGUGUGUGGGCUGGACUGUGGGUUCCACGGCAGGUGUGAGGGCGGGGCGUGCCUCUGUAACCCCGGAUGGACAGGUGACCGCUGUAACCUGAUGACCUGUGAUCCCAGGUGUGAGGAGCACGGUCAGUGCAAGAACGGCACGUGUAUAUGCAUGACGGGAUGGAACGGGCGCCAUUGUACCCUCGCCGGCUGCCCCAGCGACUGCUCUGGGAACGGCGCAUGCGUCAUGGUCAAGGAGGAAUGGGUGUGUCGCUGCCACAACGACUGGGAGGCGCACGACUGUUCCGUCAAGCUCGAGACGGAGUGCGACGACAACAAGGAUAAUGACGGAGAUGGUCUGGUUGACUGUGCCGACGCAGAGUGCUGCACCACGCCUGCCUGCCUCAAGGACAAUCUCUGUCUCACCUCAUUCGACCCCAUCGACAUCCUUCUGAGGAAGCAGCCUCCCGCCGUCACCGCCUCCUUCUUCCAGAGGAUGCGGUUUAUCGUCGAGGAAGGCUCGGUACAGAACUACGCAGAGAUAUCCGCCUUCAAUGCUAGCAUGCACAGGAUUUUCAUAAAUGAGAGCCGAGCAUCUGUAGUGCGUGGACGUGUAAUCAGCGGGCGAGGGACUGGCCUGCGUGGUGUUCGGGUCUCUCACUACCGUCCAGCAGACACAGGUUUUACUCUCACACGGCCUGGAGGAUGGUUUGACCUCAUGGUUAAUGGAGGUGGUGCCGUCAGACUCCUCUUCGGCAAGUCACCAUUCUUACCUGUAACUGAGACUGUCUGGGUACCCUGGAAUGAGAUUGUUGUUACAAACACAAUAGUCAUGACGAUGGCAGAUGUUGUGCCACCACCACCACCAACACCAUGUCCAGACCAUAACUACGAUGCUCUGAAGCCUGUAGUCCUUGCCACAUGGAAACACGGUUUUCAGGGAGGUUGCCCCGAGUGUUCAGCAAUCCUGACAGAAUCUCAGGUGGUACAAGAGAGUCUCAGCAUACCUGGAACUGGACUUCACCUUGUCUAUCAUUCGUCCAGGGCUUUGGGUUAUGAAUCUACCAUCCAACUGCAGCUAACUCCCUCUGUGAUUCCUGAGACCCUGCGUAGGAUAUAUUUAAGAAUCACCAUCGAGGGUAUCCUCUUUGAGAAAACCUUCGAAGCUGACCCAGAUAUCAAGUUCACUUACGCCUGGAACCGUCUCAAUGUCUACAGGCAGCGUGUCUAUGGAGUAACAUGGGCUGUCGUUAAGGUUGGGUUUGCUUAUAGCAACUGUGACCAGAUCAUAUGGGAUGCCCAGACUACUCAAGUCUCGGGGCAUGACAUGAGCAUCUCGGACAUUGGUGGGUGGGAUCUCUCUAUCCAUCAUAGAUACAAUUUCCAUGAAGGUAUCCUACAGAAGGGUGAUGGGCGUAAUAUGCAUCUCAAACAGAAACCACGUGUGCUGCGGACAUUAAUGGGAGAUGGUCAUCAGAGGGAGGUGUCAUGCAGAGCCUGUGAUGGGCCGGCAGACAAGCAGCGUCUUUUGACUCCUGCAGCCCUGGCUUCAGGUCCUGAUGGAUCACUAUACAUUGCAGACUUCAACUUGAUUAGACGUGUUUUACCAGAUAACACGGUAAAAACAAUAGUGAAAUUAAAUGAGACUCGAGUUUCUUACCGUUACCAUCUGGCUGUGAGCCCAGUCACUGGAGAUGUUUACAUAAGUGACCAUGAGGCCCAUCUCAUCCUGAAGGUUCGGGACCCAGAUGACUUCUCCAGGCCUGAAGAAAACUAUAUGCCUUAUGUAGGAUCUGGUGAACGCUGUCUACCUGGAGAUGAAGUGGGUUGUGGUGAUAACUCACUUGCUCGAGAUGCCAAACUCCAAUAUCCCAAAGGAAUGGCUCUGUCUUUUAAUGAUGUUCUUUACUUUGCUGAUGGUACUAAUGUUCGAGCAGUAGAUGCAGAUGGAAUCAUCAACACAGUAAUUGGCACUCACCGACAUCGUGCACAUUGGAGACCACUACCAUGUGAAGGAACUGUACCUGUAUCUGAAGUUAGUUUGCGCUGGCCCACUGCCUUAGCCAUCAGCCCCUUAGAUGACUCUUUAUAUGUACUGGAUGAUCAUCAUGUGUUGCGACUGACUCAUGAUGGACAGGUGAAAGUAGUGGCUGGCAGACCUCUCCACUGUCCUCCCUUGGGACAUGAUGUACCAUCUGACCUUGCAGCUCAUACCACUCUACGGUCUCCACAGAGUCUAACUUUUGCCCCUAAUGGAGACCUUUACAUUGCUGAGAGUGACAAUGAACGUAUCAACCGUGUCCGUGUUAUUGAAACAGACGAACGGAUUCAUGACUUUGCUGGUGCUGAUUCAAAAUGCAAUUGUCAGGAGGAAAGCUGUCUUUGCUAUGAUGAAUCUCAUGUAUUGGCUGCCACAGCUGUCUUCUCAACCAUUUCAGCUCUGUCUGUGACCCCAGAUGGUUCGGUACAUGUAUUAGAUCAAGGUAAUCUGCGCAUUCGUUCUGUCACCUCCUCUAUCCCUGAGCCAAAUGCACAGCGUAUUUAUGAGAUCUACUCCCCAGAAACACAAGAAGUAUACAUAUUCAACAGAUUUGGCCAUCAUGUGGAAACGCGCAGCAUUCCCACAGGACGUACAAUCUACAUGUUUGCAUACAAUGUAAACACUAGCAAUGGCAAAUUGUCUACAGUCACAGAUGCUGGUGGGAAUCGUGUUUCCUUCCUCCGUGAUUAUGCAGGACAAGUGACUAUGAUAGAGAACUCCCGCCAACAAAAAUGCCGAUUACAUAUGUCACGGACACGCCGCCUAGAAGAGUUGGUAACGCCUGAUGAACACAAUGUAACCUUAACUUAUCAUGGUGCUUCUGGCCUUUUGCGAUCACGAAUGGAUUCAACAGGACGUGCCCAUGUGUACUCCUAUGACACCUAUGGCCGCCUGACCCGUGCAGUCACUCCCUCGGGUCAGGUCAUAGACCUGUCAUUUGACCUGAGUCAGAAGGGAGCUCGAGUAACUGUGACUCGGGAUGGCACUGCACCAAUCGCCAUGCUCAUCAAGGGUGCACUUGUCACAGAGACAAUUGGGUCAGCCUCUAGUGUUACUGCCCAGCUCUCUGAUGGAUCAGUUGUGACACGUACAGCCUGGGGUCAUCACAUUGCUACAGAAACUGUACCAUACACCCUCUUGCAAGAUCACACUCUUGCCCACUCGUUCCCAGUCUCUGGCAGGCAACGUACAGAAAUUGGAGAUGAACUUGUCAACAGCUUUGAUUGGAAAUACUUCGUAGAAAUUAGUGACCAGAAUGGACCAGUGACACAGGUUGGCAGGAAGAUGAGAGUGAAUGGUGAGGAUUUGCUGACAUUCAAGUAUGACCUCUACACUGGAACAGAGGCUGUUUUGAACGAAGCAGGUGUUACCCUCCUCAAUGUAUCAUAUGAUCCUCUUGGACGACCUUUACGAUGGACUCCAGCUCAGCCUUUCCUUCCUGUAGAGAUGUCUUAUGACAGAUUUGGGCAGCUUGAGCAUUGGUCGUGGGGUGAUAUGAAGGAAGAAUAUGCCUAUGACCGCAAUGGAAGAUUUGAAGGCGUUACAUAUGCUGAUACUUCUAAGGUCAUGUAUUCCUUCAAGGACAUAUCCAGCGUUAAGCCAUAUAAAGUGAGUGUGUCAUCUGGUGCUGAACAUCUUCUCGAGCAUGAUGAAGGGGGAGCCUUGUCUGCUGUCACAACUCCUCGUGGUCACAAGUAUGCCUUCCAUGUCCAACCAUCUCUUCUCCAUAAUCGUUUCACCUUCACACCUCCUGGAUCACCACGUCAUCCAUACCAGCUCUUCUACAGUGAUGAUGGCCGAAAGCUAGCAGAAAUAUUACCACACCAAGCUAGUCGUGUUAUUUAUCAUUAUGAUAACAGUGGGCAUUUACAUCAACAGCUAUUUGGUGAUGGAUCAGUUGAAUAUGGAUAUCACGCAGAGACUGGUCUUUUGCGAACUGUGUCUGUCAGAGAGAGAGGAUUUGAGCUACGCAGCGAUAACAAAUAUCACGCUGGACUUGUCAAGGAGCAGAGAGUUAGGUUCGGAACAACUUCUGGCUUGGAUUCUGCUAAACUAAGAUUCUUGUAUGAUGGAAAUGCACGCCCAAGACGAGUUGAGGUGGAAAUCAAUGGAAAAGAGCAGCCAGAUUAUGAUAUGAAAUAUGACAUGAUUUUAGGUACUUUAGAUAGUGUGGGAGACUUGAAAGUAACUUCCUCAUAUCACAAUAAAACAGUUGUACAGGAUGCCCGUAAAACGAUGCUACGAGUGACUGGCUAUGAUCCACAUGGGCGCAUUGUUGAAUCUGCUUUAACACUGCGUAGCCGUAUGGUGCACCGAAGUAAGUAUAGUUAUGACAGUCGUGGAAGACUUGCAUCAAUGACUACUAGGCGAGGACCUGGUUCUACUGAGAUACGCACCAAUUAUACAUAUACUCCUGAUGGUUUCAUACAGGCUGUAGAUGGAGUAGAAUCUUGGCAGUUCCGUUAUGAUAAAAAUGGCAACAUGAUUGCUGUGGUGGAGGGUGGGAGAGAAAUGACAGCAACAUAUGAUGGAGCUGAUCGAUUGGUUGGCUGGGGUGAUGUUGAGCUCAAUACAUAUUCCCCAGGAGGUACAGUGGUAAGACAGGGUGAAGUCCAUCUCUCUUAUAGUGCUCGUGGUAACCUUAAAUCUGCCUGGCAGCAGGGACAAUAUAAAAUCUGGUGCAGACAUGACCAUCGAGGAAGGCUCACAGUGUGGGAGGAUGACCAUGGCAAUGUUACCCAGUUCUUCUAUGCAGACUUACUUCGACCAAACCUUCCCACCCAUAUACACUACCCUAAACAAGGUGAAACACAUUCCUUAGAAUAUGAUAAACGUGGUCACCUUAUGGCUCUACACACAGGACGACAUCGAUACUGGGUUGCCACAGACCAUCUUGGAUCACCUGUGGCAGUGUUUGAGGACUCAGGAGUGUUGGUAAAAGAAAUCGUCAGAUCUCCUUGGGGAGCCACUCUUAGUGAUUCUAAACCUGAUCUCCUCUUGCAUGUGGACUUCCAGGGUAGUCUUCGUGAUCCAGUUACAGGUUUCCUGACUUUUGGCCUCCAUACUUAUGAUCCUGUUCAUGCUCAAUGGAUGGCACCACGCUAUGACUUGGUAACCAGUGCUCCAAACCAUGUGGGGGCUAUUUAUGUCCAUCGAUUCCACGAUAAUGACCCUAUCAAUCGUAUAGCUCACCAACCACGGCAUUACACAGAUCUGGACAGCUGGCUCGAACUUUUUGGAGUCGACUUGUCAAAGAUGUUGGGAUCCAGUUACCAUGACGAGACUGUGGAAAAGCAGAGAGGUGGACUGUUAAAAGCUUCUCAGCUAGCACCAUCGCUCGAUGUUAUAUCUGGCUUGUCCUGCUCUACAGAAGGUGUAUUGAGACAGUUUUCACAGCCAUCUCUGUUACCAGAGUCUUUGGUGCGAUCUGAUGCACCAGCAUGGGCCAUCCCUGGCUGGGCAGCUCUUGGAAGAUUCUCAUCAUCACCACCAGUACUGGGCCCUGGAGUUUUAGUGUCGCGGGUGAAUAGUAGGGCACUUGUCACUUUAGUGCCAUCAAGAGAAAACCCUGUGGUACAGGAUGUUGCGAGAGAUGUUCUUAAUGGCUCGGCCUUACUAGAUGUGACGCUUACUCACCAUCACCACCAUACACUUUACUUAGUUAAAGAAAAUGCUGAACUCCGCCAUGAUGAUUUGCAGCAGCUUCUGCGAUUAAGUGGCCGGUUUAAUGUGUCGGCUAAGGAUAAUGGAGAGCACCAUGAGAUAAGAGUGGUAGGCAGUGAUGUAUCUCUAGUGCUACUUUAUGGUGUUGAUCCACCCACUGCCCGUCACCGCCUGUUGCGCCAUGCCCAUCGUCGAGCUGUUGACCAUGCAUGGGAGAAUGAGCGCCUAUUAUUAGAGCGUGGUUCUCCCACAACUCAUGAAUGGACAUUAGAAGAACGUGUAGAGCUUGAGAGUAAGGGAACUGUGACUGGCUAUGUGGCUGCUGAUAUGCACUCCAUUCAUCGGUAUCCUCUUCUGGCAGACGAUCCCACCAACGUGGUCUUUAGACGUGAUACUGGACGGCGGCGACGACGUAGCCAAGCUGAUAUCGAAUCAUGAUCCCUGGGGCAGGGCGUGGCCCUUGUACAUACCGCUGUAUAGUGUAGCGCUGUGAACCUGUACACACUGUACAAACAGGGUAUUUCUCACACAUUGUACACAUCUCUCCGAGCCGGAGAAUAAUCCUCACAUGUGAUAGAGGCAGACUGUGUGGUGCAGGCCAUUGUGUCAGUAACUGGGGGGGUGUAGGGGUGGGUCAGAGAUUGUGCAAGAAUGGUGCCAACAUGGUGUCAUGGACAUGUGGAGAAUGGGGCACAGUGAAUAUUUUGAUGUUCCACUGUAGCCCUGUAGCACUGUUGCUGCUGGCCAGUGUAAAUAGUUCAAGCCUAGCAGUAUUUUAUACUGUCAGGGUAGUCAAGGUUCUGCAAUGGUAUAUAAUUUUGCUGCUUAACAUUCCACUGUGAAUCAUGUACUUUUAUGGAAAGACAAGUAUGCAAAGUUGGUGUGAAGCACAGAGAGACAGCAAGACAUAUAUAUUUUGUACGUUUUUGUUACAAUCAUGUCCAUUAUUUAGAGAUACUUAACGCCUAUUUCUAUUUGAAUGUAUCCUGUGUCCUAGCGAGAUGUCUUAUGGUGUGAAGCUAUGGUUGAAACUUUCAACAAAAAUAUAAAAACUUAAUUUUAUUGAGGAAAGCAGAUGGAGGUACUGGUGACAUGCUGUAUAUAUAUAUAUAAUAGAAUAUUAGGAGUUAUUCAAUUUUAUUUAUGCAUGUGUACAUUUUGACCUUUCCUGCACUGUAGGAAUCAAAUUUUUUAUUUAAUAAGUUCUAAGCUUUGCUCUUUUUUUAUAUUUUUAUUUAAGGAGAUACAGCAAUUAUGAGGCUAACAAACAAAAUUUCAUUAAAGCUCAUUUUUUUCUUUUCUAACAUACGGAAAUUGAACUUUAAUGAUAGGCUCAUCUUUACUGGUUAUCACUAUAAGACAUCCCGCCUGAACUGCAAUAAUUACGUGAACAUUGAGGUCCAGAUACAUGGCGUUUCUCUAUGUUUUCUGGUCCACUUAAAUGACGUGUAGUUGGCAAUAUUAGUGAUUCCUUGUUGUUUCUGAUGUUUGUUAUGGUUAGCUCAUGUGGUCUGGUACGUUAUCUGUUGAGGCAAGCCACUAGUCAAAAAAUGCUAGACGAGAUAAUGAAAGCAGAUGUACUACAUGAGCCAUAGAACAUCAACAAAUGUACUACACAAUCCAUUAAAAAAAAAUUUACUUCAUGAUCUAUUAAAAGCAUUUAUGCUACAUUCUGUAUUAAAAACAAAUGUACUAAACUAUUCAUUAAAAAAAACAAAUUGCUACAUGAUCCAUUUAAAACUAAAUUUAUUACAUGUAUUAAAAACUAAUAUCCUAACAUGAUAUGCAGUAUUCAAAAACUAAUUUAACACAUCCAAUAAAAGCAAAUACUGUAUACUGUUGUACAUUACAUCUUCCAAUAAAAAGUCUGAUGUGUGAUUUUGCGGGAAAGUAGUGUUCCUUUCAAGAUACAAAUGGUGUGUAAUAAAGCCUUGAAGUAAUUUUCACUAAAGAGAAGCUCAUAUUUAAGACAAAAUUAUUAAUUAGCCAGACAGUGACAACUAAAAUAAGAUACAGUAUAUGUGAAUAAUUAUCUUUAUGUACCAAACUGGUAACAACAUUGUUAUUCAAUGUUAAACUGCCAUACAUAUAAAAAUAUUGGAAUAUAUAUCCUCUUCUGAGGAUAUUCACUUUAUAUUUACACAAAAUAAAAAUAUUCAUAUGAAUUAUAUUUUGAAAUAAAGUAGUCCUUCUAUAAAUAUAUUAUUCACGCACAAGGUAUUGAAGUAUCCUGGAAUAUUCAUUCACCUAGGCAGAAAUUUCUGUACCACAUAAUACCGUACUUAUCCUGAAUGUCGAGCAAUUACUAUAAAAUAAGAUGUAUUCCAUGGGAUGGGUGGGUGCAGACCGGAUAUUCGUCCAGGUUACACUGAGCUAGCCCUAGUUACAGUCACAAGAUUGGUGCUUUAGUUUCUAGUAUGUAGCACUACUUCUGAUGUCUUGAGUGAUACAGAGUAGUAAUAUUUGAUUUGGUUGGUGCUUUUUAUUUAUUUACAUAUAUGAAUCUUAGAUGGAACAGAGCCCUAAAUUUUGUAAUAAAUAUAUAAUUUGCCUUUUAGUACAGCUUGGCGCAACCAACAUAUCAAGACACUGUAGAAUAGGCUAUAUGUUCAUGUGCCAUAGAGUUCACAUUGGUUGCUUGUGCCAAGAGCUAGAUUUGGGGGUAUGUUUUGUACAGGCAUGUCAAAGAGAUGAAUGUUAGAAUAGCCAAAGAUGUGAAUGAUGUUGAAUUACUAUAUUCUCGUGCCCUCCCAUCUACCUGCGAUAUCUACAAAGUGAUGCAUAGCCAAGUCUAUUUCUCUCUACAGGAUAGUGUGGUUUGUACAUUAAAAGGGGAGAUAUUUCAA